CAGGGUCAUGGCCUCGUCGACUUUGAAAAAGCGCAAGAGGGGUUUAGGCGAGUCUGAGGACGUUGCUAUACAGAUAUCAGGACAACAGGAGAAGAUUGGGCCCGUCCUCGCCAGUUUCCCUGCAUUGCAGCCUCCAAAAUCCACCUCAUUCCGCCUCUACACAAAAAAGGACCAAUCAGGUGUGCCCAGCUCGAACGACGCUACCCUCGUCGGCGAGACAGACACAGUCGAAUUCGUGUCCUCGCCCGAAUCUGAACAGGCUGCCGCGGGCUGCAGCUACCUAGUCGGUGUUUACAACAAGCGGACCAAGACGACCGUACUUCGAUCGGCCCCUCUGCACAUUCUAGCGCGCAAUGUCAAGGCCCUGAAGAACCUGAAACCGAUGGAAGUAUCUGUGGACGAGCGCAUAAAGCUUCGGAAUACUCUGGGCGAAACGUUUGGUACGAAGAAGGCCAAGGCCGCCAUUCGCGCUCACGAGCGAAACCGUGUGGACAUCGACGCCAUGCGGGGUGUUGCUAGUCACUUGCAAGAAGACAUUCAAGAGAACACGGAGAGUCUCCCGACACAGGAGGAAGCCAAGGCAGCAGCGGACAGCAGUAGGCUCAUUCCGCCGUACAAUGCUGAUGCCCAGCGGCCGGAUGACGUUUACAAGCUACACGACAUCAUACCUGAAGCGGAGUUUAAUGCUGUCCAAAUUAACAACCUAAAGGGCAUGAGCAGCAACAACGAGCGGGUGACUGCUCUCCCAUACACUCGCUCAAACUGGGUCAACCAGCACAUGUCCCUCUUAUUCAGCACACCGAAGCCCAACAAGAUCGAACUGAAAAUCCUAUUUUACAUCUCCAUUAUGUUGGCGUUCCGUGCUGCAUCACGUGUCGUCAGCGAUAAGCAGGUGCUACAGGAACGCCUGAAAGUUGUUCCCAGCAUUGUACUGGACGGUCUGCUAUCGCGUUUCACGGAGUCGUCGAGAGACACGAACCAAGCAAAAAUCACUCCGGCGAUGGAGACUAUGCUUUUGGCGCACAUGUUUGCGCUUUGCUUGCGCGUUGACGACUACGCUACAGACACAACAUUGAUUGCGAGAGAUUUGAGCAUGUCUGCUGCAAAAGUGAACCCUCUAUUCAAGUCCCUUGGUUGCAAGAUCGAGACGUUGACCGCCCAAGAACUCAAGCGUCUCGGUCUCCCAGACUCCGCGGCGACAACAAAGAGGGCGCUGCUCAAGGUGCCGCUGGAUUUCCCCAAGCCCCGCGUCAAGCGCACCCGCCGGUAACAGCCUCGACGCUGCGGUCUGCCCGCGCACUUGCAAUACGUAUAUGCCAUCAUCGGAUCAUUUUCAGUCCACUGGGGCGUGGGCUUGGCGUGAGGAGUGGUCGGUCGGCUUCACAGAAGUACACUUGACUGUACUGGUUUCAUGACCCGACUGUAUGGUCUAACUCAAUGUGCUAGCACGUUGCUGUUCAGCAUCACUCCUC